UUAGCCGAGAUAUCUGUGUUUAGGGAAUAUUCGUCUCAAAGACUCAUCUGCCUGUAAUGAACCACCAACACACACCGGAUUAUGCGCAGGUGCAGUUUUUGACAACUGCAGCAAUAAAAAUAUUAGAGAGCUGGACGCGGCAAUUUCGCUUUCUCUUGUCAUCCGUUCCUUGCCACAGCCUAUUCAGUGUUGGUUUCCUCUCAUUUUUCACUCAAGCAUUUGAAUGUUCUCACGUUCGACAAUUUUUCACAAGCCAGCCUGCAGUCUUUGACGAACAUCGGAGCAAUGGUGCAAGAUACUUUAAACUGCAUGCAGUAGCAAAUGUAAAAGGAAGCAAGAUGAAUCCCCGCGGACACUCUGGUUUGAUGGACUAUACUCAAGCAUUUUUGUCACCUUUGCAAUUCUGGUCACCUUUACAGUUCAGCGAUUGAAUUGGAUUUGGAUGAUACAAGCUAAUUGGCAUCCCCACAUCGCUUUUCCAUAGACGAAAUGAGAAUGACACUUUUCAUUUAAUAAAUCUGUGCGUAUAUCUAGUAACGCAUAUCUUACUGGUCUCACUAUAGGCUACUUAUGGACGUCGGUAAUUCUAACCACGCUUUAAUUCAAACGACAUAUAUUUUUACAUUCCCACCUAUAUCUUCCAGCUGGAGAGUGCUUAACGCACCGGGACGUCAUUAAUUGCAAUUGUUUUUGAAUGCUCGGAUUAAAGUUGAAAUAGCAUUUCCAAUUGAGUUGUAUAGUUUAACUGGUCGUAACAAUGCCAGUAAGCGCAUUGCCUAGGGGCCGUUCGCUCAGCCCCGCAUCUCUGUCCCGAAGUCUGUCGAGGCUUCGGGAGUUUCGGACUCGGACACGGAUCAUGCUUUCUCUCGGAGUUUCGCAGAUGGUCUUGGGAAGUCUGAUUUUGGCCGUCAGUUUCGCUGCAUUGGCUCUUACUACCUCGCCGAGGGUCAGGCAUUCUUGUCCCUUCUGGGCUGGAUUUUCCGUGCUGCUGUCUGGACUGAUUGGAGUGGUGUCCUGGAAGAGACCUCUCUCACUGGUGAUCACCUUCUUCAUGCUGCUGUCGGCCGUGUGCGUGAUGCUCAACCUGGCCGGCUCCAUCCUGUCCUGCCAGAAUGCCCAACUGGUCAACUCCCUGGAAGCCUGUCAGCUGAUCAAGUUUGACAGCGAUGGGGUCUGCGUGUGCUGCGAGCUGCAGCACCAGAACUCGGGUUGCAACAGCCUGGGAGAGACACUCAAACUCAACCCCCUGAGGGACUGCAACACCAUCCGCCUACGCCUCAAGGAGCUGCUGUUCAGUGUGUGUGCGCUGAAUGUGAUCUCCACCAUAGUGUGUGCCCUGGCCACCGCCAUGUGCUGCAUGCAGAUGGUGUCCACUGACGUCCUGCAGAUGAUGAUCUCUGCUUUGCAGUUUAUGCCACACAGAACUCGGGUCAUGAACGCAGACUGCAUGACUCCACACGGCACCAUUCUGCACCAGACCCUCGACUUCGACGAGUUCAUCCCGCCCAUUCCCCCGCCGCCGUACUACCCCCCCGAGUACACCUGCACCCCAAUGAUGGAGGCGCAAAGAGGGCUGCACCUGGACUUCCCCCACUCCCCCUUCAGUGCCAUCUAUGGGAUGCCCAUCAACAGUCCUGGGACCCUCUACCCUUCUGAGCUCCCUCCACCAUAUGAGGCUGUGGUGGGACAGACCCCUGCUAGUCAGGUCACUACCAGUCUGGAGCAGCAGGCCACAGAGUCCAGCCUGUGUGAGAGGAACACCACCGCUGGCCUCAGUACUCAGGCCUCUGUGGACAGCGCUUCCCUCAUGGUGUCAGAGGUGGCGGACCUGCCUGACCACAGCUGCUCCUCGGAGGACCUGUGCUCCCUGGAGGUCCAGGGCUCCCUGCACUCCACCUCCGACCUCUCUCCCUUCGGCACGCCCCGCACCGCCCCCACCGACGGCAGCUGCACCAGCCUGGAGCACAGCGCCCACUGCUCGCUGCAGCGCCGCGGCCCCGCCCGUGACCACGACGACGGCGGGCACAGCGACUCCUCCCACACCCAGGACCAUUCGCCCGACUGGUCCUUGGAAAACAUCAAUGCACUGGGAGGGGAGGAGCCUGUUGAGGGGGCAGGAGCCUCGCCUGUGCCCACGCCCACCCUCACCAGAGACAAAGCCAGUAGGACACCGGCAGUUUCUCCACCCCUUCCUCCUCCCAGUCCCGCCUCCGCCUCAAACUCUGCAGCCCUGGCGGGCGUGUCCUCAGCCCCCAGCGGCUCCGCAUGCCCCUCCCUGUCUCCACGGCUGCGUGGCCACAGGCUCUGCUUCAGUGUGUGGUCUCCUCCCUGCUCCUCCUCCUCUUCCUCCUCUUCCUCCUCCUCAGCCUCCCAGCACCCCUCCAACUCCGCAGCCAGCUGCUCCUUGCCCUCCGACCGGCCAUGGCCACACCGGCCUGGCAGGAGGUACCGCAAGCUCGCCCAGAUGGUGCGCUCUACCAGCGACCCCAUCUCCUGUACCUCUGUCUCUGGAAGUGACAGCUGUGGUUGCACUUCUGCAAGUAACCAGCUUCCUGAGGACUCCCCACAGACCUCACCUGAACCAGCAGCCUGCUCAGAGCACACGGCAGUGGUGGUGUCUUACCAGAGUUCAGCCAAGCCCAGUCCCCCUGGCUGCGGGAAGCAGAAGGUAGCCUCCAAAGUGGACAUUCGUCUCAAGCCCCGGGGGUUGCAGGGGGCCUCCAAAGAGCGCCCUCACUCCCUGGCGGACUUCAAGACCUACAAGGACACCAAAAUGCUGGUGGCCAAAUUCCUGGAGCACUCAAGCUGUAGUCUACCUAUAGAGGUCCAGCAGGUGGUCAACAGCAUCAAGUUCGUCAUCAAGUCGGACGAGCGGCACAUGGAGGAGGCCAUCUUCAGUGCCAACAUUAUUGACCAGGUGAUGACACAGUCACCCCGCAGACUGCGCAGUCCCAGAAAACGAGUCCACGAAGACCUGCACUUACAGAGCUGUGGGGCACUCAGCUCCCCUUCCUCUUUCCUGCACCGUCACCGUGACUCCCAAUCACCGGGCCCUCAAGAGCCACCCAGCCCCCCCAGCGGCUCCCUCUCCGACCGCCACCACAGUCUCAUCAGCGUGUGUCGAGAGACCAUCCUCUGACCGUCUCGUCCAACCAGGGUGCAUGCGCCCCAAAAAUAAAUAAAAAAGCCCGCAUUGCUGUCCCAUGGUGUGCCAAGAUAAGGACCUGGAGUGUAUACACACAGGACCCCUCCUCAACUGUAGUCACAAACACCAGAAUGUCUUCCCUCAGGGGACUGAUUUAUCUCCAUCUUAUUUAAUACAAGUUGAUCAUAAAGGCAAAGGAAGUUUUGAGCCAAAUGAUGGGGACAUCUUUAUAUGACAUUAACAACAAAAAAAAUGAAGAAUUAGCAGAAAAUGGAGAAGCUUUCUUCUAAACUGUGAAUCUAACGGACCUUGAACGUACUGGCUCCCACAUACUCUUCCCAGACUUUGGGAUCAUGACCAGUUUAUCACUCUGUGCCAUGGUAGGACAGAGAUCCGUGGAUUAUUUAAUUUACCUCAGUGUGUUUCCAUUCUUAUCAGUGUUACAAUAAAAAAUUUGAGUUUU